AUGGCAGAAAAAUUUCGAUCAUUAAUCAAAAUGUUAAACAAUAAAAUAAAUAAACAUCAACUAUUUAACAAUGCAACAACGAGAAUUAAUAAUGCUUCUGAAAAAGCACAAAAAAAGUUGAAUAAUAUACAAAGUACUGUUGCUACAAAGUAUGAUAUUUUAGCAAAGCAAAUCAAUCGUGAUAUUACAUUAAUUCAAAAUAUAAAUGGAACACAAUUUGAGCCAAGUCCAUUACCAAAAAAAGUUGUUAAAUGGUGGCAAUGGUAUCAACAAUUAACAGGCUUGGAUAAAGUUGAAUUAGCCAAAGAACAAGUAAUUUUUGCACAAGAUAAAUUGUUCAAAUGUCAAGAUGAAAGAAGACACUUAAAUCGUGAAGCAAUGACAAUAAAUGACAAAUUAAAAGAAGUAUAUUCAGAAUUAAUACAAAUUAAAAGAGAUGAUCCAAAAUAUGUUCAAUUGACAAUAAUAGAAAAUAAAAAUCUUCAAGAUCAAGCAAAAAUUAUAUCACAGCUUAAUUUAUUAGAAAAAGAAGAAAAAGAUUAUUUUACAUUAUUGGCCACUGCUAUUAAAGAAUAUCAUGAUAGUCAAACAAUGAAUGCUCAAAAGUAUAAAUAUUUAUCUAUUCUUGCAUCUGCUAUAUUAGCAAUUAUAUCAUUGAUAGGUUCAAUAAUAUACAAUAAUAAAAGAAUAGUAAAUAUUCAAAAUAUUAUAUAUGAAGCGCAGCAAAAAAAUGAAAAUUUAUUGAAAAGUAGCUUUCAUUCAUUAGAAAAAGAUAUAAAUACAACUUUUAAUAAAUUAAUAGAAAAUAAUAAUAAAAAUAUAAAUACAACUUUUCAUAAAAUAAUAGAAAGUAAUAAUAUAAUAGAAAAUAAUAAACAAAAUGUAACUAUGAAUAAUGAAAAAGAUAGAUUAGAUGAUAAUAAUACAAUAGAAUUAGCAAGAGCUUAUAUUGUAUUUGGAUUAUUUAUUGGUAUAUGUAUAUUAAACUCUUUAAUACGAUAAAAUCACUUUAAUAAUAAUUAAUAAAUUAAUUAAUAAUAUAAUUUUAUUUGAAAUAAUUUUUAAUAACAAGCAUUUAUUUAUUUGUAAAUGUUCUAUAAAUACAUAUAUAAUACAUAUGUGUAUAUUUAAUUAUAUACAAUAAAAUAAAAAAUACAUUAUACACAUGCAUCUAACUGGAAAAAUAUAUUUAAAAAAUCUUAUUGCACAAUUUAAUCAUAUUUAAUACAUUUGAUUCUUUAUUUUUUAUAUAAAGAAGAAAAAUUACAAUUUUUUCAGAAAAAUACACAUAUAUCAUAUAUUUAAUUGAAUAAAUAUAACAUGAUGUUUUUAUAGAUAUAAUUAAUUAAUUUUAAUUUUAUUUUUAAUAUGUGAUUUUAUUAAAAGUAAAAUGAAAUUGUUAGGUUAAAUAAUAAGCAAUUUGAAUUUUAAUUACAUGAACUAUUUUAUGUAUUCCAAGGUUUCCAUUCCAUACCAUCUGGUAAUUUUACCUCAACUUUACCUUUGCUCACUUCUGACCAAUUUGUACUUAGCACUGUACCACCAGAUUCUUG